AUGUCUUCUGCCCAGCAACGCUUAUCCCAAGUGUCCUCCCACUUCGGUGGCCGGAAGGGAGCCGCCGCUUUGACCGAGAAACACCCCGAUGAUAUUGUCGUGACAUGUGCCCUCCGAUCUGCCCUCACGAAGGGCGGUAAGGGUGGUUUCAAGGAUACUGCUGCAGCUGAUCUGCUGGCCGGUGUUUUCAAGGCCGUCAUCGCUAAAAGCGGUAUUGACCCGAAGGUCGUGGAGGAUAUUGCGGUCGGCUCUGUUCUCCCGCCUGGUGGCGGUGCCACUGAGUUCCGUGCUGCUGCUCUUGUGGCUGGUUUCCCCGAGACUGCUGCAGUCAAGAGCUUGAACCGUCAGUGCUCGAGUGGUCUCCAGGCCAUCGUUGACAUUGCAAAUGCUCUUAAGUCCGGCAUGAUUGAUGUUGGUAUCGGUGCCGGUGUAGAGAGCAUGACUUCACAGUAUGGGCCUGGCGCAGUCACCGAGUUUUCUGAACUCCUGGAGAACCACACCGAAUCCGCAAACUGCAAGGUUCCCAUGGGUGUUCUCUCCGAGGAUAUGGCCAAGGACCGCAACAUCUCCCGUGCCUCCCAAGAUGCGUUUGCUGCCUCUUCAUACCAGAAGGCCGAGAAGGCUCAAGCUGCGGGUCUCUUCAAGGAGGAGAUCGCACCCCUUGAGGUCAAGUGGACUGACCCCAAGUCCGGCGAGGAGAAGACCAUUACCGUCAAGGAGGACGAUGGUAUUCGCAAGGGUAUGACCAUCGAGUCUCUGAGCAAGAUUCGUCCUGCUUUUGCCAAAGAUGGUUCCAUCCACGCCGGUAACGCCUCUCAGAUUUCCGACGGCGCCGCUGCUGUGCUUCUGAUGAAGCGUUCCACUGCGGAGCGUCUGGGACAGAAGAUCAUUGGAAAGUACGUCUCUGCCAGUAUUGUCGGCGUCAAGCCACUUCUUAUGGGUAUUGGGCCCUGGAAGGCCAUUCCUGUUGCUUUGGAAAAGGCUGGCAUCACCAAGGAUGAUGUCGACAUCUUUGAGAUCAAUGAAGCAUUCGCCUCUCAGUGUGUGUGGUGUGUCAACGAGCUUGGCUUGCCCAUCGAAAAGGUCAACCCUAAGGGCGGUGCUAUUGCCUUCGGUCAUCCUCUUGGUUGUACAGGUGCUCGUCAGAUCAGCACUCUCUUCACAGAGCUUAAGCGAACCAACAAGAAGAUCGGCGUUACCAGCAUGUGUGUUGGCACCGGUAUGGGCAUGGCCGCAGUCUGGGUGGCCGAGUAA